UAUGUGCGACCAAUAGCAGUACAGACUAAAGCUUUGUACCAACCAAUAGCAGUGCAGAACGUCUUUAUAUAAGCCUGAGCGGCGCAACCAAUUGUAUCUAUUUGUACUUUUGCAAAAUCAUGACAGAGACUGAAAGCGCCCCAGCCGCCGCUCCUCCAGCGGAGCCCGCCGCUAAGAAGAAGCCGACUAAGAAGGCAGCAGCCGGAGGAGCCAAGAAAGGCAGCAAGAAGCCGUCCGGUCCCAGCGUGUCCGAGCUCCUCCUCCAAGCCGUGGCCGCUUCCAAAGAGCGCAGCGGGGUCUCCCUGGCCGCCCUCAAGAAGGUCCUGUCCGCCGGAGGAUACGAUGUGGAGAAGAACAACAGCCGCCUCAAGGCUGGCAUCAGGGGGCUGGUGACUAAGGGGAGCCUCGUCCAGGUCAAAGGACAUGGCGCCUCCGGAUCCUUCAAGAUCAACAAGAAGCAGCAAGAGGGCGACAAGGCCAAGAAAAUCGCCAACAAGAAGCCAUCGGCUGCGGCCAAGUCUCCCAAGAAACCUGUGGCAGCCAAGAAGCCGGCCAAGUCCCCCAAGAAGAAAGCCCCCACCAAAGCGGCCAAGAGCCCCAAGAAGGUCGCCAAGAGCCCCAAGAAGGCCGCCAAGAAACCGGCAAAGCCUGCAGCUGCUCCCGCCAAGAAGGCAACAAAGAGCCCCAAAAAGCCCAAAGCGGCAGCCAAGCCGAAAAAAGCCGCCAAAAGUCCGGCUAAGAAGGCGGCUAAGCCUAAGACAGCAGCCAAGCCCAAGAGGGCCGCUCCGAAGAAGAGAUAAAGGCAGCAGUAGCCGGACACCCCCUUCAUCUCCACCCCACACAAAGGCUCUUCUCAGAGCCACCCA